UCCAGUCCACUGUCACUCUAUUCUGUACCAAACUUAUUAUUAACUUCUCGAACAUCCCAUCCAUCCUUAUCCACCCACUUAAUACUCCCACCUCCUCCCACUUAUUCCCGCCUACCUACUACUCCCACUUACUCCCACUACUUCUACCACGACGGAGUAGACUACCAACUACCCACUACCAACUACCAACUACCAACUACCAACUGCCAACUACCACAAGUACACAGAGUAUAAUUGAAGGACGACAUCAUCAAUCCACUUUCGUGUCUUCUUCCUCUUCAUGUUAAUGCUUCUUUCUUCAGUUUAAUUUGAACAUUGGAAUCAUUCCAACGAUUCAAGCAAAAGGAGACACAUAACUUAAUUACUCAUUAUCAAUUGUUCACUAGAUUCAUUGUGAAUACUUUUGUUUUUGUUGUUCACAAUCAGUAACUUUUAAUCCUCAAUCAAGUUCGAGUAUUCUAUGGUACAAGCCACAUUUUUGGCUCUCUCGUCCGCUUCUUCUGUUAACAAUACAGAUAUUCAAAAUACAAAAUACCAUCACAUCUUUCUGACGCCUUCCGUUUCAAAGAUACGUUAUCCCAUCAACAUCGAAUAGCUCACAUCUUUCGCACAGCAAUCCUCUCAAAGAUUGUAUAUCAGAGAACAUCUCCCACCCAAAUUCAUGCAAUCUCAACAAUAACCUUGCGACUUAUCAGAACAAUCAAUUCCUCCAUUAUCAAGGAAUAUCACCUACCAAUUUACCUUCUCCAAUACCGAAUAAACUACAAAGAUCUCUAUUGAGCGACAUACCAAACUUCGAUUACCCACAUCCUUUCUAGGCGGUUUCCGCCAACUUAUUCUCCAUAAUGGAUCAAGCCGGGCAUGCUCUCCUGGCUGCCAACCUCAUAUACGCCAGAGCAAAUACUACGAAUGGCACAGCCUCGACGAAUGCGGAUACAGAGGUUCGACCACCUAUAUAUAAAGCAAUUGGAAUAUCAUUGGCCGUGGCUUCAGGGGUUUUCAUUGGAAUAUCUUAUGUCGUGAAGAAGAUUGGAUUAUUGAAGGCAAAUGAGAAAUAUAAUGAAGAAGCUGGAGAAGGGUAUGCCUACCUUAAGAAUGCCCUUUGGUGGGCUGGAAUGACCAUAAUGAUCGUUGGAGAAAUUUGCAAUUUUGUUGCAUAUGCUUUUGUUGAUGCAAUUUUGGUUACUCCGCUUGGCGCACUGAGUGUCGUCAUUACCACCAUCUUAUCCACAAUUUUCUUGAAAGAACGUCUUAGUAUGGUUGGGAAAGUUGGAUGCUUCCUAUGUAUCGUUGGAUCGGUGGUUAUUGUAAUGAAUGCGCCGGCAGAGGCUUCUGCCGCAACGAUUCAGGAAAUGCAGCAUUUUGUUAUCGCUCCAGGGUUUUUAAGUUACGCCGGUGUCAUCAUCAUCGGUUGUACCUUUCUUGCUUUUUGGGCUGGACCACGAUAUGGAAAGAAAUCUAUGCUUGUGUAUCUGUCAAUUUGCAGUUUGAUUGGAGGACUUAGUGUUGUUGCGACACAAGGUCUGGGAGCUGCAAUUGUUACUCAAAUUGGUGGAACCAAACAGUAUGACCAAUGGUUUCUUUACGUUCUCUUCGUCUUCGUCGUCUGUACACUCUUGACGGAGAUUAUAUUUUUGAACAAAGCUCUCAAUAUCUUCAACGCCGCCUUGGUCACUCCAACUUAUUAUGUUAUGUUUACGAGCUCGACUAUCAUCACUUCCGCCAUUUUAUUCAAAGGGUUCAAAGGAACUCCAACUUCUAUCAUUACGGUCGUCAUGGGUUUCCUUGUUAUUUGUUCCGGAGUUGUCCUUCUUCAGUUCUCCAAGUCAGCCAAAGACGUCCCCGAUGCUGCCAUUUUUGCAGGUGAUCUCGACCAAAUGCGUACAAUUGCCGAACAGGAACAACCAGAAACUGAACCAAAGGCUGAUGCUAUUAGAGGAGCAGCAGCUAUUGUUAGAAAAUUCUCUACAACUAGACAGAAGAUGGAAAUGGAGGAAGCUAAGAGGCUUCAUGAAGAAUCCAUCCUGCAGCCGCUUGGUGAAGAUGAGGUCAUUGAGUGGGAUGGUCUUCGAAGACGUAGAACCACGAUUGGCUCCAUGAGUAUGAGAUCUCGUGCUGACUCAGCCGUUCCUCCUCUCCCCGAACCUAUGCGCCAUACACCAACCGCUAGAACAACUCUCCCUAGAACACCUAUUGCACAUCCACCCCUUGGCAUGUCACAUUUUCCAGAUCCAGAUGAGGAACGCGAUGAAGAAGAUCGUCCAGGCACUGGUCUUAGUUCUUCCAUCUUUGGUACUAUUCGCAGCCGUGUAACUCGCGGAAAAUCACUUUCAUCAGCCACAAAUCCUGCGGCCAAUGUCGGAAGUCCUACUCAUCCCGUUCCCUUGACCGAUAUUCGUACCUACAGAGGCGGUGAUGGUGAAAUUUACAAAAGCGAGCAUAGUGAUGAAGCUUACUACAUUCAUGAUAACAAAACUUUUGGCCUGCCGGCUGCUCUACGCGAUCAAAAGACUGAAUAUACUGGCUCAGGAGGUAGACAUAUAACUAUCGCGGAAGACCCACACCGUCCGUUAUCUAGAUCUAGCAACCUUGUUCCACCAACACCACCACCUCACUCUGCCAAAAGACAAUUCUCAUUCCAAAAUGUCUUCAGAAAGAAUGGAGGACCUCAUCAAAAUGACGGACCCCCUCAAGAAAUCCGGUCACCUGAUCGAAAGCGCAUCGGUUCUCGACAUGGAAGCGAUGAGAUCAUCAAGAAUGCUACUGAAGAAGAGAGAAUUGGACUCGUUAAAAAUGAAACGAGAACUGAAAGUCCAUCCGGUACUUCUGCUGCCCCUUCAUUCGAUGAAGAAGAAGAAGAAGAAUUGGAACCAUGGAGUUCGGAAAAUAAAGGAUAUAGGAGAAAUCGUUCCCCUCCCAGAAGGGAUCCUGCAUUGGGAGAAAAAGGGGCUUUUCUUUAAGGAUAAAGUAUAGGAUAGGGAUAUGGAUACGAUGGGAUGAGAUGAUAUGAUUCAUGUGGAGUUUUGGCGUUUGCGAAUACCUAAGAAAUUCUUUCCUGGCAUUUUUAUUUGAUUGAUUGAUUGGUUGGAUGGGUGGAUGCGUUAUCAUUACAGUUGUAUGAUUAAAAGCUUUGUAUAUGAAAAUGGGGCCUAAAAGGCGAUUUGGUAUAGGGAAACCAGGAGAGAAGGAAGAAUUGAAGAAAUGAAUGAGAAGGAAGGAGCAAGGACCUAUUGACCUAGGAAUCCUUGAUUACCUAGAAUCCUUUUGCUAUAACUAUAGUCUUGAUAAAGGAGACUUACUCUGUACCUAUACCUAUACCUAGAAGAUACCUAUAUGCUACAAUUAAA